GUCUAAUCCGGCGCCCCCUGUAAUACGACAUGACAGAAUUAUGUUUGACAAUCUUUGCUAAUAUAGAUCACGCAAGUUUGAACAGGUCACAACUCGUACGCGCCACCGCUAUUGUGCUCGACGCGUAUGCAUUGUUUUACUUAGUUUGAAUUUGACUACUAGUGAUAGCGGUACGGCCUAGCGUAAGUUCAUUGUUUACUACAUAUUUAUUCAUUGUGUAUUAGGUAUAUGUAGUAUCUAGUAAUGUCGUCACAAACCCAGAAGCGAAAGCACAAAACGUUGACAAUUAAAGAAAAAUGUGAUAUUUUAGAUCGCUUAAAUCGCAAUGAAACUUUCAGUAGUUUAGCAAGUGAAUACGGCGUAGGCCGAUCUACAAUUUAUGACAUUAAAAAAAACCACGAGAAGAUUAAGAAGUUCGUGUCAACUACUGACUGCGGGCCAGGCAAGAGACAGACACUCAAGAAAGCUGAAAAUCCAGAAGUGGAAGAAGCUUUGUACAUGUGGUUUCUUCAGGAAAAAAACAGGCAUGCACCAAUUUCGGGACCCUUGUUGGCGAUGAAAGCUAAGUUUUUUUAUAAGGAAAUAACAAAGAAAGAUGAUUUUGUGGCCAGCAAAGGAUGGCUAGAACGUUUUAAAAGUCGUCAUGGCAUACGUUUAAUGACUAUUACAGGAGAGAAACUUUCUAACGAUGCCACCUGCAUAGAGCCCUUUAAAUUAAGAUUUUUGCAAAAGGUGAACGAUUUAAAUCUUGACCCGUCACAGGUGUAUAAUGCAGACGAAUCAGGGCUUUUUUGGCGUGUGAUGCCUAACAAAACUUUCGUUUCUUGUCACGAAAAAGACGUACCUGGACGAAAAGUGAGUAAAGAGCGUGUAACCAUACUACCAUGUGCUAAUGCUGCAGGUAAUCACGCGCUUAAGAUGGUGGUCAUUGGGAAAUCUAAUAAACCAAGGGCAUUCAAAAACAUUGAUUUACCUGUACACUAUUACGGACAAAAAAGUGCAUGGAUGACAAAAGACCUUUUCAAAAAGUGGUUUGAUGAAUGCUUCGUACCUGAAGUUAGAAAAUGGUUAAAAGAUCAUAAUUUUCCUCAAAAAGCGUUGUUGCUUCUUGAUAACGCUCCCGGUCAUCCGUCUGAAGAAGAACUGACAACUGAGGAUAAAUGCAUCACUGCGAUGUUUCUUCCGCCAAAUUGCACUGCACUGAUUCAACCAAUGGACCAGAACAUCAUUCAGUUUGUUAAGCAAGACUAUAAAAAAAACCUACUUUUGAGAGCCGUAUCAAAAGACCAACCAAUAGAAAAAACUUUAAAAGAAUUUAAUAUGAAAGACUUGGUUUUUGCUCUUAGUCAGUCGUGGAGUGCGUUACCGUCAUCAACUAUUAAAUCGUCUUGGAAAAAGUUAUGGCCAGAUAUAAUCACCACUCCUAGCAACGAUCCACAAAUCAGUGUAACUUCGGAAGUUAUAGAACAAGUCUCUACUGAAACACAGAUAAGUCCGGAAGAUUUGGAAGUCUGGUGCCGUGGAACGGAUAAAGAAGAAAAUGUUUUUCUUGAAAUGUCUGACGAAGAUAUUAUAAAAGAGGUUUCUAAUAAUACAACAAACGAUCAGGAAGAUAACGACGACGUGAUUGCAACUGCUCCACAAGUCACAGAUCAAGACGCAGUUAACGCGUUUGAGCUAGGUUUACAAUGGGCUGAAGAGAAUGGUACAACCUACAACGAACUUUUACUUUUGAGAAGACUGAGGGACAAAGCUCUGAUCUCGCGUUAUAACAACCUUAAACAAAAAAAAUUGAUGAAUAUUUCAAAGCUUCAUAAUUUGAUAUAG